AAAUUCACUUCUCGUUUAUCGUUCGGCCAGGUCGUUUCUCGUGUUGUCUCGUGGUCUACUGAAAGGACCUUCUCCCACCUCAAGACGUGUUUUACCUCGAAAAAUAAAAGGGAAGGUUCAGUAACAGUGCAUCAUAUUGUACAAUUUUUUUUGUGCGCAGUAAAAAUUAGUGGUGCCACCACCGAAGGCAUUAGGAUUGUUGGUGCAGUAAAUUAGUAGUACCAUAUUCUAACACGAAGAAAUAAGUACUGAUCAUCGACAAAAGUGUAAAUUCAGUUUUGUGGACAAGACAAAAGGCUAAAUUUAGCUUUGUGGAGAACCGUGAAGUGCUCGUGAAAAUUGAUCAGUGCUUAGUCACGGUUUGAUUUUUUUGUGAACAACGGAAAAUUCGCAUCCUGUAGAUAGUGUUUCCGCGCCUGGACAUCCCUCGUCAGAACGGAAGAGGAUACAGUUGUUAUCCUUCACAAAAGUGCGUACGUUGUCGACUUGUUCCUACAUAAUUGGAAAGAAGCAAGCUCGAAGGUGGAUUACAUUGCUGCUGGAACGGUUUUACAUACAACGUAACCUUAGUGAUAUUGCUUUGUUCGAACGAAAACUCGUCGAAGCUGCGAAGUUGUCCAGAUACCAUACCCUGUUCGUUUGGAUUUCGUUGGCCCCACACGCGCGGUAGAAGUGUUUGACUAGGAGUGCGCUGCUGUAAAUCUGAAGGAAAAAACCUGUUUAAUCAGUUUCUUUUUUUUUUCGAAAAGUGUCCAAAAAACACCUCAUCUACUGAUUUCAGUGCAUUGUGAUCUGCAUUGAAGCAGUUCGUAUUCGGGCGUCCUGAAAACAUCACACAAACAGCAGAUUUACCAAAUUCCAACAGAAAGGUAAACUUCAGCGUGGCACAAAUGAGCAACAUGUGGAACAGCUCAACUGAUAUUCUGUCAAAUAAGAUGGAUUUAUUAACUAGCGUGUACGGGGGAUGGCGGUACCUCAUGGACGAAUUGUCAGAUCCCCGGACAAAUGAAUGGCCACUCAUGAGCUCACCAUUCCCAACCAUUGCCAUUAGUCUCACAUACGCUUAUUUAGUAAAGGUCCUCGGUCCCCGAUUGAUGGAAAACCGCAAACCGUUUCAGCUACGCAAAGUACUCAUCGUAUACAAUGCAAUCCAGGUGGUCUUCAGCACAUGGCUUUUCUAUGAGGCUUGCGUAGCAGGAUGGACGGCAGGAUACAGCAUUCGAUGCCAACCCGUUGAUUACACCAGAUCCGAAAAAGGACUUCGGAUGGCACGAGGCUGCUGGUGGUACUACUUCUCCAAGUUCACCGAGUUCUUCGAUACGUUCUUUUUCGUGAUGCGAAAGCGAUACGAUCAGGUCUCGACGCUGCACGUCAUUCACCACGGCAUCAUGCCAGUGUCCGUCUGGUGGGGCGUUAAAUUCACCCCCGGUGGCCACAGUUCGUUCUUCGGUUUGCUGAACACGUUCGUGCACAUUAUCAUGUACGCUUACUACAUGCUGGCUGCCAUGGGGCCAAAGGUCCAGAAGUACCUCUGGUGGAAGAAGUACCUGACCGUUCUCCAAAUGAUCCAAUUCGUCAUGGUGAUGCUGCACGCAUUCCAGCUGCUCAUCUGGAACCCAUGCAACUACCCGAUCGCCUUCGCUUACUUCAUUGGUGCCCACGCUUUGAUGUUCUACUUCCUGUUCUCCAACUUCUACAAGAGGGCCUACGCGCAGCGAAAGCCCAAGAAGGAGAAGGACGAAAAGCUGAUCCUGGCCAACGGAAACAUCGAAUCGGAGCCCAACAAGAACCUCGAGGCGUCGCUCAGCUCCAGCUUCCCGAAUGGCAAAAGUUCCAGCUUCUACCAGGCCGUCGGCAAAACCGUCGAAGACAGCUACUCGGCCACGAGGCAUCGCGUGUACGUGGGCUCGGUGAACAACUGAAGUGGUUCCCCAAAUUAAAUAUACAUAGGUAGUAGAUUAGCCUUUCUGUGAAACCAAAAGCUGUACGCCCCCUUACGCACUCCCCCAAUACAUAUGAGUUUUAAAUUGUUCCCAAAUCAGUUUCAUCCUAAUGAUAAAAUGCAAUAGUGAUACUGUUAGGUUUCAAAUGGUAAAAAUAGUAGACUUAUAGAUUCUGUUUUUAUAUUUUACUAUAUAAAUUUUAUAGAAUUUUUACUACCAUUUACAAAUUGUCAGAUCCACAAGUGCAAAAGCGAUUCUAUAAACCGAUUUGAAAUGGUUAAAUCUUGUCAAUAAGAAUGGUGUUCAUGAUUUGUCGCUAGGCGGCGGAUUGCUGUUUCUGCAGUGAUUUCUUUCAGAACAAAAAAAAAGUCCUUGCUUUAUAUAGAUAAUAAAGGACAAACAAAGGCUUGACGUAUGAAAAGCUCAGAAAUAGCGUUUAUUAGCUUUAAAAACAAUUAUUGGUAACUAAUCGAGAAUGUGCCAAUAUGUGGUAUUGACAAUAAAAGCUAAAGAAGGUCAUGAAUCCAGACAAAAAAAGAGUUCGGACAAUCGCUCUUUUCCACCGCAUGACAGCAAUAGUAAUGGCGACACCUCCUGUACUGCCCAUAAAAGCAUAACUGUCCCAUAUAAAUAGAUAGGAAAUCAAGCAAAUAUGGGACAGCAAUGGCAGUCUAGUAAACACCUGAAAGGAAAUCGUCAGUCACAUGCUUCAUACGAUUUCUUCUGUAUCUCAACAUAUGCCAGUGAAAAUGCGCGUUAUACUUGAAAUUGCUCUGUCGUUCAACUUUUGCAACGGUGGAUCCAACUAUUGAGUAGCUUCAAACGAUACUGCCAUCUGGCACCCACUAAAGAAGUUGCAAUGUAUAUUCAGUUCUCCUGCGACACAUUCUUAUCUCCUUUAUGAAACAUACUUUCGUAAUUUGCGUUAAUUUUUAGAGUAGACUAAAAAGAACGUAAGCUGCUCAUUCACUAUGAUGGACAAUAAGCCGAAGAAAAUAAACAAUAGAAUCAAUAUCUUGUGAUUGCAAUACUUUUACAAAGAAAGUCACUACUUUGCAUUGGCCAUGUCACGUGGGAAAGAGCGACGACAAAAAAGAGAGAAUCGAAAGACAACGACGUUCGUUUACAAUAUUUUUUGUAAAGUUUUUAUUCUCGACUAGUCUGUAAGUUUCACUAGGGUUUAAUAAUUUAACUAGCAUUUAAGCGUGGAAAGCUAAGAGAUUUGUAAAUAGCUUUUCAAAUUUUUGUCUGUGAAAAUUGUGACUCAAGAGAUGCCUUCUAUACUUUAUAUGUAAGACUCUGUUCGAACGGUUAAACGUACUUAACAAACCUAUCCUUAAUAUAUAUGUAUCUUGUUUCUUUCGGUUACAUAACUGGAUGCGAGUUCAAUUCUAGGUCAAGAAAGAGAACUAAAUGGAGGAGUUUUUCUUACAUGCUGUUCUUGCAAUGCACAGACAUACAGACACAAACACACGCACACACUCCCACAAGUUGCACAGUCACGUGAUUCGUAAAAAGUAUGGGACUUAUUAAAUAUGUGAGAAGGAUUAGGUCACGAUCAUGGCGAAAACUGAAACGAUGAUAAACGAGAAGUAAUACUAGUAAACAGAAGAUUGUCGAAUGAAUAAUGAUAGUGAAUAGUGAGUGUGUAAAUGACUGAUGUGCAAUAAAACAAACGAGGAUGACAUAGA